AUGUGAUUUUUCUUAAUUAUUGGUUUAGGGUUUGCACAAACAAAAAUUGAAGUUGAAACAAAUUGGAAAGGACCAAGUCAGAGAACAUUAUUACAAGAAAUGAGGUAAAAACUAUAAAGUGAAUACUUCGCAGAAAUCGGGAAAUUUUGAUAUUUCAUUGGUAAAAUUGAAGAAAUUGUUGGGGAUAGGCUCAAUAUAGAUGCUAUAAUAAGCAAAAUAUCGAGAAGUGAGAUUGAGAAAAAGCUGAUAAAUUGUUCUUUAAGCAAUAGAGAAUUUUCAGCUAGAAUGGAAUUUUAUUCAAAAUUGGAAGAAAAAGACAGAGCAGCGCUAAAGGAAAAUUGCCGAGACUUUUAUAUUAUUAACUCUGCAGCUUCAUGUUUAUUAGAUAAAAGCCUCUUUGCCACUAAAGAAAUAGAUAUCUAUCAUUUCGAUCAUACCAUGUUUAAAGGCAAAAAUUCAGUCAUUGCUUAUUUGGAUAUUUCUGAUAUCCAUUUUUCUGAGAUUUCUUUAAAAAUCAGAGAUUUUUGUAUCAAAAAUAAUGCGACUUAUGUUCUAAGGCAUAGAGAUACAAGAAUAAACGAAGCUGAUCAUUUAGGAGGCUAUGGAGUUGAGCUGCAAUUAAAAAAUCACUAUGAAAGCCAAUUAAUAGCCAAAGAUAACAGUAAAUACUAAUCAGAUUUCAAAUUUAAAGCCCUGAAAAAAUUGGUAUCAAUGCUACCUAAUUGAAAAAGAAUCUUAAAGUUACUAGAAAAUUUUCCUGAGAAUAUACCAGAUCUAAAUUCAACCAAGUUUUCAGAAUCAUUCAAAAAGGACUCACUCUCAGUAACAGAGCUGAAUGCUAAGGUAAAUUUUAAGCAGUUUAAAGAUGAAGGAGUGAUCUUGAUAAAUAACCAUUAUGUGCCAGCAGAAUUAUUUACUGUUUUAUCAGUCCUCAGAGCAGAAUAUAAUGCUAUUGAAGAGCUCAAAAUGAUAGGAAUCCCUCAAAGUACAGCACUGAUAAUGCUAGGCAAUUUCAAUUUAAGAGUCCACACGGAUAUAUCAGUGAGUAAACAUUUGAAAACUGGUUCUAGCAUAGGAAGAAUCUACAUAAAUGAUUUAGAAAAAGACUUAAAAUAUUCUGAAUGGCAGAAAAAAACGUCUGAUUUUUUGAGUACUUAUGAUGUUGACUUGGCAAAGGUCGCAAAAAAUUUUUAUAAUCUGAUAGCUAUUGUGGAUUUAGAUAAAGAAAUUGGGUGAAAGGGAAUAAAAGCGGUCAUAUAUUUAUAUACAAAGAAUUACCCUGUUAGGCUUGGAUUUGUAUUUCUUGGAAAUCCUGAUUUGGCUUUCGUCAUGCAUCAAGCAUGCAAAUGCUUGGAAAGCAAUGAGACUUCUAUUACUGAUUUUUUUGGAAAAUUAGAGUACAAUAUGACAGCAUUAGAAGUCCAUUCAUUAGCCAAAAACUAUUGCGAAACUGCUGAAUUUGAAGCAAUAAUAAAUUCCAAGAAGAGACUUCCUACCAUUAUUUGCGAUAAUUUUAGAUUAUGUGGGCCAGUUCAUUGAAUUUUAAAUGGGCAAGUCCUUGAGAUAAAUUUUGAUAAGCAUUUCGAUAAAACCAUUAUUGGCGAACUCAGAAAAGAAAAGAGAAAUAUAAUGAAUGCUAAAGUAAAAGGAAUCUUGAGAUCCCCUCUCACUAGCUAUUUUGAAAAUUUAACAAGUGAAUUCCCAAUUGAGAGAAACCAUUUAAAUCUCUUAGAUGGGAUUCUAAAUGAAGAAAUUUAUUAUGGAAUACCAAGCUUUGGGUAUAAUUUUGAUUUUAAUGGGAAUUCAAAAUUAAUGACUUAUGUAGUAUUUGCAGGAAUAAAUGACCAAGCUUUAAUAUUCCAUACUCUUAAAUUAUUCAAGGAGGCUUCUUAUUUAAAGAUCAGAAUAAGAUACAUUUUUAACUCUAAUGAAAUGGAUGAUGAGUGAUAUAAGAUUUUGUGCUAUAUAAAGUUUAUUCACGACGAAAAUAAAAAAUUAAAUUAUACUGGGAGUGUUACAGAUUUUGAAGAAUUUCAAUGUGAAUAUUCUCUUGAGUAUAUUAAAGCAUCUUUUAUGAAAAAAAUACCUGAGCUUAUAUCAGGUGUAUUAAUUAAUGGGAAAAUGAUAUCUAUAGUCCAAGCAUCUUUUUGGCUUUGGCUUCCUGAUCUUUACUGAUGGGAAAGAUGAGAUUUGGCUUCACUAACUCUUAUGUGACAGAACCACAUAUGCUGAAUUUCUACCAUUUGGGGAGUUGGCCAAGCCAGCAUUAUUUGGUUAAACCAACUCCAUUUUUCCUGUCAGGAAAGAUCGGAAAGCCCAAGCCAAAAAGAUUCUCAGACUAUAAAAAUGAAAUAAGUUCGUAUUUGGACUUGAAAAAAAUAUAUGAUCUAGAAAUUGAAAGGUCUGGUUUGAACAAUGUCCAAAAACUUCUUCAAACUUCCAUAAAAGAAAAUAAGCUUGAUAAUGCAAUGGAAAAAGCUUCAUAUAUUCUUCUUCGGCAAUUGUCUCAUAUUUCCUAUUUUGCAUCAUAUGCUUCGCAUCCUAUUGUUUUUUCCAAGGAUUUUACCAAAAGAGUUGUAAAUACAAAUAAUAUUUACUUCAACAUUGAUGUAUUGAUCAAUCCUUUAAACGAAAAGGGAAGGCAUCUGUCAUCUUUGUGCUUUUGGCUGAUAGAUCUUGGCUCAUCUUUGGGUGCUACUUUUGUUGUUUCAAGCACCUCACGUUCUACUGAUAAGAUUCAAAUAAAUUAUUUGAAAAAAGACUUGAAUCAAGAGUUUUUGGUGAGCAAAAUAAUCAAUAAAUCAGUCUCAUUAACUUUAAAUAUACCAGAAUCGUGAGUCUUACAGUAUAAUACACCUAUUUAUCUGGAUGAUUUACAAUUAAAUAAAGAACCGAACCUUAAAUUUUCAUUAAAGCAUAUUCUGAUUACAGGAAACUCGAAAGCAAUUCAAAACAAUUUCGAAGUUAAAAUGCAGAGUGGGAUUGGAAUAAAAUUAUUUGAGACUGAGAAGGAAAUUGCAAGCACAUUUAUUAUGAAGAAUCUUGGCUAUUUUCAGUUUUAUGCGAAUCCUGGAAUUUUUAAUAUUUCACUUAGUGGCAGCUGCAAAGAUGAAUGAAAUUUGCCUAAUUUGGAGCCAAUUAUUGUAAAAGAUUACAGGCAAAAGCCUUUGAGAUUCAAUUUAUAUAAAAUCCCUCUAGAAAACAAAACAGCCGAUAGUGAAAAUAAUCCAAAAAAAAUUGAAAAUCAAGUCAUUAACAUUUUUUCUAUUGCAGAAGGCAAAACAUAUGAAAGAUUUAUGGAAAUAAUGAUCCUUUCGGUCAUGAGUCACACCAAAUCAGAAAUCAAAUUUUGGCUCUAUGGCGAUUUUCUUUCCACUAACUUCAAAAAUUCAAUUGAAAUUCUGUCUGAAAAGAUGAAAUUCCAAUACGAAUUUGUUUCAUAUAAAUGACCAAGCUGGCUUCCAACUCAAAAGACAAUAUCCAAUCGAAUUUUUGCUUAUCGAGCUCUUUUAUUUGACUUGUUUUUUCCUUCAAAUGUGACUAAAAUAAUAUCAAUGGACGCUGACCAAGUCGUUCGAGAAGACAUUUCUGAGUUAUGAAAUACAGAUCUUCAAGGAAACGCUUAUGGCGGACAAUCAGGAAUUUACCAUAUAAUGAUAUUUUUAUGGGUUUUUUUCUAUUAAAAUAACUGAAAUUUAUAAAUUAUGUUGUGUGAAAAAAUCAUGAAAAUUCUGUCAAAUGGUAUUUUCAGGACUAUCCCGUAUGGCUUUGUUCCAUUCUGCGAGUCAAAUAAUGCCACUUUUGGAUUUCGGUUUUGAAAAGAUGGAUAUUGGCAGAAACAGCUGAAAGGAAAGCCUUAUUUCAUAUAUGCUCUUUCUAUUACAGAUUUAGGUAAAUAUAGAAGUAUAGGAGUUGGAGAUAUUUUAAGAUUUUAUUAUGAGUAUUUUAUAUCAAGCUCAAAUUCUUUACAAAAUUUAGAUCAAGACUUGGUAAAUUUUAUAUAAUGUAUUGGUAAUAUUUUAUUUUGCUUAUUUAUGGUAAAUUGAUUUUAAAAUGUCAAAAACAUUUUGACAUGUCAUUAUAUAUAAAAACUGAGUCUAUGGUAUGUUAAAAUUUUUUUAGCAUUUUAAAAUCAAUUUACAAUAAAUAAGCAAAACGAAAUUUAUGCAAGGGAUUAUACAAAAUAAAGUCCCAAUUACGCAGCUGCCAAGUGAAUGGUUGUGAUGCGAUACGUGGUGCGCGCAUGAAGAAAAAGAUAAAGCGAAAAUCAUUGAUUUGUGCAAUAACCCAUUAACAAAAGAACCAAAGCUAGACAUUGCUAAAAGAGUGAUCCCAUUAUGGAAAAAAUAUAAUGAAAUCGUAGAAAAGCUAGAUAACUCCCUUCCGUCAGCGAAGAAAAUCAUUGGAAAAUAUCCCUAUUUUUUGGGUAAAAAACCAUAAAUUCUUUUUAUGAAAAAAUAUUUUAUAAGUGAUAAGUAUAUAAUGAAAUCUCUAGCCAAAUCUGUUGAAUUUAAGCAGCUUGAAUUUUAUGCUAAUUAAAUUUUUGCUGUUUUGUGAAUUGAGAUUUUUGUUAAAUUUCGAAAAAAAAUUAUUAUAAAAUUUAUAUGUAUAAAUUUUUAAAAAAAUUCAAAAUAUUUUUGUUAGCUUACAGAAGGAAGAGAGGUUAAGUUUACAGAAAGUAAAGGGAUUGCAGCAUAUAGAACCGAUUUAUAA